GUUCUUGAACAUAUUAUGUAAUGUUACUUUGGAAAUGUCGUAACCAUUCUGAUAACGGUCCCCUAUUUAAAUAAUGGUACACUCCCGCAGUGCAUCAAAGCGGAAGACAGUGGUUUAACUUCUAACGAGCUAUGCUUGGAACGCCGUGCAUACGCAUAUCUUCUGUUUAUUACAGUACUGGCAAGAUCUCAGCAGAGGGCUGAGCAUCGCUUUUGGCUGUGCUUCCUCGUCGUACCAUCACAGUCCCAUUCUCUCACCAACUAUCCAAGUUCCGUUCAAUGCCUAACGCUGCGGAAAGUCAAGGAGCAAGCGCGAGCGUAUCCGGGGGCGUCGACCGCGCGGCCCCGAGCAGGCCACCUGGCAGAGACGAUGAUCACGGCCUGCUCCUCGGCUCUUUGGCCAGGGACUCCUUGAGACCACGGCGGGCGUCAAGUGCGGAGGUGCGCGUCCCCUGGACGUGCCCUGUCACUCACUCCAGAGAGAAGUUCUACACUGUGUGCUCCGACUACGCCCUCCUCAACCACGCUGCCAUGGUGUACCGGCCGCCGCCCGCGACCGCCAGGGACUCGCCCGCAAGCACCCAGGAGAGCGACCCUUCUUUUGGCCAAUCCACCGCAGCCGGCUGCGCUAACGUGGGCAUAGAUGGAGACUGUGAGAACAUGGAGGUGGUUUCCUCCAGCCAUGGGAAGCCCGUCCUGGCCUGGGAGAUCGACACGACCGAUUUUGAUGCUAUCUUGACGAGAAAAACCAGGACAAGUAAUCAGAAAAAAUCCAGCUCUAAGAAGAUGAAGACUUCAGACAAACACAGUAGGAAUCUGCAAGACAUCCCACAGCAGGCUACCAUUGAAGAAAUUAAACAGAGGAAGGUCCUGGACCUUAGGAGAUGGUAUUGCAUCAGCCGUCCACAAUAUAAGACUUCCUGCGGUAUAUCCUCUCUAAUUUCCUGCUGGAACUUUUUGUACAGCACGCUUGGAGCAGGGAGUCUUCCGCCCAUCUCCCAGGAGGAAGCGCUGCACAUACUGGGGUUCCAGCCCCCGUUUGAGGAGAUCAAGUUCGGGCCCUUCACGGGCAACGCCACCCUGAUGCGAUGGUUCAGGCAGAUCAAUGAUAAUUUCCGCGUGCGCGGCUGCUCCUACAUUCUGUACAAGCCGUACGGAAAACACAAGACCGCAGGAGAGACGGCUGAGGGGGCUUUACUGAAACUAACCCAGGGCCUGAAGGAUGAGUCCAUGGCCUAUAUCUACCACUGUCAGAACCACUACUUCUGUCCGAUUGGCUUCGAGGCCACGCCCCUCAAAGCUGCCAAGGCCUACAGGGGCCCGCUUCCAACGAAUGAAAUGGAGCACUGGAUUCUCAUUGGUGAACCAAGCAGGAAACACCCAGCCAUUCACUGCAAAAAGUGGGCGGACAUCGUGACUGAUCUCAACACGCAGAACCCAGAAUACCUGGACAUCCGUCACACGGAGCGGGGUAUUCAGUACAGAAAAACCAAAAAGGUGGGAGGAAACCUGCACUGCAUCAUGGCCUUCCAGAGGGUGAACUGGCAGAAGCUAGGCCCUUGGGCUCUCAACCUGGAGAACCUGCGGCAUGACCUCCACCACCAGGGGGCAGACCGGGGCUCCAGUGGGGCUUCAGAUGAUCCCGAAGAGAAGCCCUCCGCCAAGCACUCAGGCCGCCUUGGACGGUCACUGAGUGCAGGGUACCAGAAAGAGACCACCUGGAAACGCCUGUCAAACACCUACGAGUACAGGCACGGGGGGUCACCUGAGAGCGAGGCCGAUGAGGAAGCAACCGACUGAAGCCUGACAAACACAGGGGCUCAUGGGAAAUGAAGUCUGUGAGGAAGUUCUGCAGGUGUGUGCAGUUGUCAUCUUCCUCUGUAUAACAGUUGCACUUUCUGUUUAUUUGAGUUGAUUUGAUACACUGUAUCAACAGCUAAUGCCUUUGAUUAAUUUGCACAAAUGGGAAUUUGUUACAUUUUAGUACAAAACAAUCAAAAUGGUUUGUGUUUGUUUGCUGUGUUCAUACAGUACUGAGAAAGUGCAGUUAAAAAACCAAGAGUCUCAGAAUUUUGUGAAUAGGUAAUGUAAAUAAUUCCAAAAAGAGAAUGCAUAGAGAAUUUGACUGCUGUAAGUGAUCUGAACAUGCUUUUAAAGGCUUUACCCUCUCCUAGAUUUGGCACUCUUGGAGAAUCCCAUAAUUUCUUUUUUGGUAAUGUGACUGGAGGGAUGUAUCCAGGGAUAAUAAAACAGCUUGAGAUGUACUUCCUUAACGCUGCCAAACUAAAACUAAGUAGCUCCAUUCAUUUAAAGCUCAAUUAAGUUUACUUCUGGUUUGGCACCAGCCUGUUCAUGCAUCACAGUCCUUAUUUUUAUAGCCCUGGGAGUGUUGACUAAGGGAAACAGUAAAAAUGUUUUACAAAAUGAUUUUUUAUUAUGUAUUUGUAAUGUAGCUGUUCCAAAAUGGGGUUAGGGAACCACGGUGCUGUGUGUUUGGCCACAUUUCAAGGGGACUGUUUUCCCUCAUUAAAGCACAUGAUUGGGCAUGUGCUCAGAACGUUUAGGAACCGGCUGAUCUGAUGUUAUUGACAGCAUAAUUCAGGAUCUCCCUAAUCCAGAGGGGUGCACUACAAAGCAAGAUUACAGGGUUAGCGAGCUAACGUAAGCUUUAACCCUGGGUUUUCCGUAUUACGAAGCUGACACGCUUUAAAUUCGGGGUAUAUCGCAUGUAAAUACACGGUGCACGGCUAACCUGGUCAGGGGAUGUCUUCGCAGGGCAUUAAUCCACUGGCUUUCCCUGUGGAUACACUAUUUGAAAGAUAAAGAUUGCCAACGAAGGGAGUGUAGUACAUAUGCAAGCCUCUUAAAUUAGAAAAUUUUAAUUCUUUAUAUUUCCUGUAUCAAGUGUAAGCUUUAGAAGCUCUUGAUGAGCAGUCACAUUACAAAUAAACUGUAGGACAAUUAGCAGGACUGUAGAUGUAUUCGUUAGUGGUGGUAAGGUAAAUAAGGUAGAAUUAACUAACGAAUUACACUAUUAGCAAUCUUUUUACAAACCCUCAUCCCUGGCUUUGCUGUCGGCAACGGUGUUACUUCUUGACACUACAAUUGUUUUAUGUUUUUCAUAUCCGUCCAUUAUGUCCGUCCAUAUCAGGUUUUGUUUACUAAGGUGAGAAAUACGCUGCUUGAGGAGAGUCCAUGUUGUACUGCUAUGAGCUCAUUUUUUCAGAAACCAGCACUUUUAUGGGAACACGCACAGAGCUUGUUUAUCAAAGCCUGUGUUCUGUUAGCAAGUUGAUAAUCACUUUCGUGAUAUCGGCUAAGCACGAUUGCGGUUGUUUGGUUUUGUGAAGCCAGCAAAGAAACCCUGGGUAUGUUAAGCGUCCUUUGUGGCAUAACAUCCUGGUCUGUUUCCCUCCUAAAGAACUGGUCUGAGGCACACACUCAUUUGUGUUUCGGGUAUUUCAAGACAGAACUCUGAAUUUUUUAAGCUUGGUGAUUUUAAGUCACCAUACGACCGCUUUUAGUUGCACAGUGAAUUAAAAUAAGUAAAUAAAUAAAAAUGAUAUCCUGGUGAGAUUUUUACCUUAACUGUAUUACAAGCUUUAUUUGAUGAAACUGAAACUUUUCUGUGGAAUUUUAAGCCUGGGGCUGCUGAUCAUCAUUGUAAAUAAUGCGAGCUAUUCAGGCAGUGCUGGUACCAGAACGUCAUCGCAUCAAUGCAUUGUACAGAGAAGAAACACAACAUGCCCUGUUAUUACAAACACUGUUCAAAAAAUAAUUUAACAUUUUUUUUUUUAAUUAUGAAAAAUGAAUUCUGUUCUCUCAAGUUUGAGCAGGAUGUCGCUCCUUGGUGUUGGGAAGCCCCUGCUUUGUAUGUGCGUAAGACUCGCUGAGUAGCGAAUGGGAGCUCUCACAUUCUCUUAUGUGUGGUAACUCGAAUAAAGCUUUUCUAAUUUAGUCUCUGGUACCGUAGUGGUAAUGUGAGCAAAACACUAUAGCAAGCUUCAUCUUCAGUAAUGCGCAGCGUAUAGCCUACUGAUAUUUAUCAGAUAACUUUUUUGUCAUUGUGUAUCAAAUGGCUUGCUAAAGUUGAUUUUGUUUGCAUAAACUUGCUAGAAACUUGAUCUUAUAUUGUGUAUUUUACUGUAAGCUGUGAUUAAUCGAUCAGUCAAUUUUUAUUUUAUUUAUUUAGUUCAGGGGUCCCCAAACGUAUCUGAGAAAGGCUGGAAUGUUGUUCAAGAUUUUUAUUCUAGCCCAGUGCAAAAACACUAAAUCCAGGUAAAGAAAGGUCUUGAUUCAGAUUUAUCUGGGGACUUCAAUCUUAUUUAUUUGUUUUCCUGAAUUUUUAGAAAUUACAGACAGCAACAAAAAGACCAAAUCACAAACUGUGAUAUUUCAGAGAGUAUGUUCAAUUAAAACAAAAUAGUCUGUCAUUCUGUUUGAUACAGUAUGACAUAAAAUAGAAUAUUGGCACAUGACUAUAUGCAAUCAAUACUGUGUAUUAAUUAUCAUAUAAAUAUGGGAAUAUGAUAAUUAGGUGAUCAUUAGAAACAUAAAUAUGGGAAAGUCAGAGUAAGAAGAGUUCAAGCCAUAAUUGGUAAAAAUAAAUAUAUAUAUAUAUAUAUAUACCGAUUUAUGAUGUGAUUAAUUUCAGCGUGUAUAAGGGGAAACGUUUUUUGUGUCAGGUGUGAAAUGCAAAAAAG